CUUACGGAACCUUCGUUUCCUAUUUGUUGACAACCGGCCCGUUUGGAUGUUACACCUCAGACGCUUCCCCUGAAACAAGCGAACUCAUUCAAGGGUUUGUGGCUCGAGGUGCUGUGUUAAACGUUAAAAGAUGUUUUUGACAAGAUCGGAAUAUGACAGAGGUGUGAACACAUUCUCUCCUGAAGGAAGAUUGUUCCAGGUUGAAUAUGCCAUAGAGGCCAUUAAAUUGGGCUCCACAGCCAUCGGUAUCCAGACGUCAGAGGGAGUGUGUCUGGCCGUGGAGAAAAGGAUCACCUCUCCGCUGAUGGAGCCCAACAGCAUUGAAAAGAUUGUGGAGAUUGACAGUCACAUUGGUUGCGCCAUGAGUGGCUUGAUAGCUGAUGCCAAGACUCUAAUCGACAAAGCAAGAGUGGAAACACAGAACCACUGGUUCACUUACAAUGAGACAAUGACAGUGGAGAGUGUGACUCAGGCUGUGUCCAACCUGGCGCUGCAGUUUGGAGAGGAGGACGCUGAUCCCGGUGCCAUGAGUCGACCAUUCGGCGUAGCACUUCUGUUUGGGGGAGUUGAUGAAAAAGGACCCCAGCUGUACCACAUGGACCCAUCAGGAACCUUUGUGCAGUGUGACGCUCGGGCCAUCGGCUCAGCGUCUGAGGGAGCACAGAGCUCUCUGCAAGAGGUCUACCACAAGUCCAUGACAUUAAAAGAAGCCAUCAAGUCGUCUCUCACCAUUCUGAAGCAGGUGAUGGAGGAGAAGCUCAACUCUACCAACAUUGAGCUGGCAACGGUAGAGCCCGGGAAGACCUUCCACAUGUAUUCCAAAGAGGAGCUGGAGGAUGUAAUCAAGGAUAUCUAAAGCUGAUAAGACUUGAAAGUCUUGGUUUGAGUUCUGGGCAGGACAGGAGAGGACAUGGAAG